UGCAACAUCAGCCUCUGAGUGGUGACCAUCAAAAUGAUCGUCCGCUAAAGAGGGUCGAAGAACACAAUCCCCGCAUGUUCUGCGGAUGUGGCGCGGCAUGGUGUCAAUGUUUACAAAAACAUUUCAAGAAUAUGGAGUAGAAAGGCAGAGGGUCUCCCUCCCGACAAAUGAGCGACAAAGCCAUCCAUUCACUCGAAUACAAUGGGUGUAAUCACCAUCCUGAGCGUAGCUACGCUAGCUGCGAAGUUAGCUUUUAGUAGUCCCCUGGAGACAAGACACGCGAACUGCAAAGCGGUUUCAUUCAAAGUCUCUGGCUCGGCGUAUAACCGUGAUUUUUCACAGCUCAGUCUCGCUGAUCCGACGACAAUCAUUGAAGCGGGCGAAGCAGAUAUCCUGCCUAAGAUCCUGACCAAUGGAACGGAGACUAUUGGGGGCUACUACUGCGAGCCGACUGUCAAGAACGCAAAUAAUGGAAAACUUCAGGUCUUUGUAGGCUCCAUAGGCACAACAAGGGAUAUGUGGAGUGGCUUGGGGGGAACGAACCUAGGAGUUCCAGCAUAUCAGCCCGAGAAAUACUCCUGGAUCGACUAUGCGAACAAGCAGGGCUAUCCCACUCUUGCAACCGACCUUCCAGGCGACGGCACUUCCUCCAGAUCAGAACCGAUCCUGAUUAACCAGGGGCCAUACACCUACGACCUCAUCCACGACCUCGCCGUGCAGCUCCGCGCCGGCACAACAAGCCAACUUCCCCACCCCUUCACCACGCUCAUCUUUGUCGGCAAUAGCUACGGCUCGGUGAUCGGUAACAACAUCGCAGCGCUCUACCCGUCCGACUUCGACGCCUUCGUCCUCACCGGGUUCUCCAAACGCAUCGACCUCUCACUCCCCGGCGCCCUGCUCACCGCCCCUGUGCCAGGUGCGCUCUUCAACCCAGCUAAAUACGCAACCUAUGACCCCGCAUACGUCGUCACGCCCAUCGAAGCCACACGCACAGGCUCAUUCUUCGGCGCACCGGACCAGGUCGACUUCGACCCCGUGAUGGCAAAGAAAUGGUACACGACCCAGGACGUCAUUGCGCUGGGCCAGUUGUUCAGCAUCUAUGUGCAAGGCAUCACGGCGGCGCCGGGGUAUAAAGGGCGGGUGUUGGUGCUUACUGGCGAGCAGGAUCAGAUUUUCUGUGGGUUUGGAAAUCCGGCGUUGGGUGUUGCGGCGUGUGGGAGUUUGUUGGAGGAGACGAAGGAGUUGUUUCCGGCGGCGGAGUAUAGUUAUCAGAGUGUGCCGCGGAGUGGGCAUACGUUGAUUCUGCAUGAUUCAGCGCAGAAGACGCUGGAUUAUGCGCAUCGGUUUUUGGCCGGUGCGAGGUUUGGAGUUUAUGGGGUGGAUAUGGUGGUGUAGGCUCUGGCAUGUUGCACUUGCUCAGAAUAUGGAAUAUGCUCAGAUUGCAAUUCGCACAUAAAUCAAUGGAUUGUGUCUAUUGUAUCAUCGAGCUAAACAUAUUGACAAGACAUCCCUGAGCGUCUUACCUUCUUUUGACUCUCGCCCCCUGAAACCGUC